GCUCGACAAGCGGUCACAUGAUCCUAGUCAUGUGACGGAAAACAUCAACAGGAAUAUUCCAGCCCUACAACACUAUAUGGAAGCAUUCCCUCAAAUCUACAAUUGCUAUCCAAAACUCUUAUCCUUUGUAACAGGUAGUAAUUUAAGUUCGCAGCGUGUUCAUUUAUAUAACAACCAUGUUUUUUGUUGAACUGCUGCGGAAGUGCUAUUGAGGCAGAUGUGUUGAGAUAAAAAAAAAAACAUGCACUUCUCAGUUGCAAUAUUCCUCAUCGGUUCUGUGCUGCUGACACAGACCGACGCGCGGUAUACCGCAGACUGGAAGAGUCUGGAUGCACGGCCACUACCCUCCUGGUACGACGAAGCCAAGUUCGGGAUCUUCGUCCACUGGGGAGUGUUCUCCGUGCCUGGCUUCGACAGUGAGUGGUUCUGGUGGCACUGGCAGGGCCAGCAGCCCCCCGAUCAGAAGUGUGUGCGCUACAUGACUGAGAACUACCCCCCGGGGUUUAGUUAUGCAGACUUCGCACCCCAGUUCCACGCUCAGUUUUUUAACCCGGAGGAUUGGGCCGACAUAUUCCAAGCCUCUGGUGCAAAGUAUGUUGUAUUGACUGCCAAGCACCACGAGGGAUUCACAAACUGGGGAUCUCCAAACUCUUGGAACUGGAAUUCCGUUGACAACGGCCCCCACAGAGACCUUGUGGGCGACCUGGGAAACGCAGUGCGCAACAGGUCAUUGCACUAUGGGCUGUACAACUCCUUAUACGAGUGGUUCAAUCCUCUUUACCUGUCUGACAAGAAGAAUGGGUUCAAAACACAGGAGUUUGUGCUUCACAAAUUGCUCCCAGAGCUUUAUAACAUGGUCGUAAGGUACAAGCCUGAGUUGAUCUGGUCUGACGGAGACUGGGAAGCACCCGACACGUACUGGAACUCAACAGAGUUCCUCGCCUGGCUCUACAACGACAGCCCAGUUAAAGACACGAUCGUGACCAAUGACCGAUGGGGCGCUGGCUGUUCCUGCCACCAUGGAGGCUAUUACAACUGUGCAGACAAGUUCACCCCAGGCGAAGUGCCCAAGCACAAGUGGGAGAAGUGUACGUCUGUGGACCUCCAAUCCUGGGGUUAUCGCAGGAACAUGAAGAUCGUGGAGCUGAUGGACCUCCCCGAUAUUAUCGAGGACCUGGUGCGCACAGUGGCCCUGGGCGGGAACUACCUCCUCAAUGUGGGCCCCACCCCCGAAGGCAUGAUCCCCCCGCUGUUCGAGGAGAGACUGCGGGGUGUGGGCGCCUGGCUGGACGUCAACGGGGAGGCCAUCUACGGCUCCAGCCCCUGGAGGGUGCAGAGGCAGAACAAGACCGACACGUUCUGGUUUACAUCUAAAGGGUCAACUGUCUACGCCUUCAUGACAACAAAGCCCAAAAGAGUAAUUCUAACCCUCUACGCACCAAAGACUUCAGACAACACCAAUGUUACUCUGCUAGGAAACCCAUGUCCGUUGACCUGGUUCCCGAUCACGGCCGAUGCUGGUCUCGUCGUCGCGCUGCCUGAGCUGCCCUUCACGCCUGGACAAGCCUGGACUCUCAAGUUGGAUGGGGUCCUGUAAGACUCGCUAGAGACCACCUGUACCUUCAUUUUUAAUCAACUUGUAGAAAGUCCAGAUGGUUAAUAAUGACUCAGGGACUUGAAUGUAAAUUGCACUUGGUCGAUGUGGUGGAAAGGAAGGUGUGAUUUUAUUGCAGCUGGAUCAUGAUCUGAUUUAGGUCAUAACAAAAAAUAUGUCUUUGAUGUGAAGGGAAAAUGAAUAUUGGUACUCCUAUAAGCCGGCUAGAUUUUUUCAUCAAUCAUUUUGAUUAUUUUUAUUGUCCAUAUUUUUUAUACUGUCUGCUGCAAUGAUUAAAAUGGGCUUUUAUUUCCCUAAUGGCUUUGUAUCCUUUAUGCAUGGUAUUAACCAAUUGUAAUAUUUGCCUUUAGUAACAAAAUACUAUCAGGAGUAAAUUAAUAAUAAUGUCUUCGCAACAGGGUCGGUGCCAAAGGGAAGCAUUUAUAUUUAUUAGAACAUUGGAUUUAAUAUAAAAGUCAUUAAAUCUGAAAGGAAAUAUUAUAUUCUUAAUUCUGCAAUUACAAGCAGAAAGGUCGGGUCUCAAAACUAGGCUACACCUUCUUGGUUUAUGGCAAUAAUCCCUGAACUAAAACGUUUAGUUCUUUGAUUGAACUGUGGACCUUUUACGACAACAAUUUGAUAUUUUGUAAAGCUUGGUACGUGUGGUUACUGCAAAGCGCUGUGUGUGAUAAAUAUAGCGCAUCGACGGCUGCUUGAGAGCACGUAUAGAUUUGUGCUAAUGCGAUGUGAGGCUGUGAGUGAGAUAUUUUGUCUCCAUGUAAGACAAAAUGCCCUCCUUGAGUAUUGAAGUAGCUCUUUUCCGAUGGAUCUUUUCUGUUUAUAUUUUCAGACCUACAAUCUAUGCCUCAAACCGUUUAAAAUAUUUGUUAUUCAAAAAGGUUGCCAUCAAAGUUUUAAUAAAUUCAUUGGGAACU